GCAGUCAUAUAUCUCUCUCUCACACACACACUGGCGUCGUCGUUUCUGUUUCUGCCGCCGCCGCCAGCGGCGGCGACACAGUCAUACAUCCGUUCCCGUCAAAGUGACUCCACAGCUAAUUUGAAACUUCUUGAUUCAAAAUCAUCCUAUAACAGCGAUCGACCUCUAAUCUCACCUCUUGUUCUCCCCAAUAAACCUACUCGAUCUGUAACGGUUAGAUCCCAUUUGAAUUCCCCUCUCAUUUCUCCAAACGAUCAAUGGGGCACCUGGACUGCUCUCUUCGCUACCGGAGCUCUCGGUAUCUGGUCCGAGAAGACCAAAAUUGGAAGCACAUUGAGCGGUGCAUUGGUUAGCAUUUUGAUCGGACUUGCAGCGAGUAAUUUGGGGAUUAUUUCUAGUGAAGCGCCAGCAUAUUCUGUUGUAUUUGAGUUUCUGCUUCCGAUGGCUGUGCCAUUGCUGUUGUUCAGAGCGGACUUGCGUCGGGUGGUACAGUCAACCGGGACACUGCUCUUGGCUUUCUUGCUUGGAUCUGUUGCAACGACUAUUGGAACUGUGGUGGCAUUUCUGAUGGUUCCAAUGCGAUCACUAGGUCAGGACAGUUGGAAGAUAGCAGCUGCACUCAUGGGUAGACAUAUUGGUGGAGCUGUCAAUUAUGUUGCUGUUUCGAAAGCCCUUGGCGUUUCUCCUUCAGUUUUAGCUGCAGGACUAGCUGCAGAUAAUGUUAUUUGCGCAGUAUAUUUUACAACAUUGUUUGCACUUGCUUCUAAAAUACCUCCUGAGGCUUCACCAACAACCAAUGAUGCUGGAAUGGAUAUGGAGUCAGAAUCAGGCAACAAACUUCCUGUUCUGCAGACUGCUACAUCAAUUGCUGUUUCCUUUGCCAUCUGCAGGAUUGCCAUUUUCUUUACAAACUAUUUUAGAAUUGAAGGAGGUAGCCUUCCGGUCAUUACGGCAAUCGUUGUUGUUCUAGCAACUGUAUUUCCAACACAUUUUCGUCGCCUUGCCCCUUCUGGUGAGGCUAUGGCUCUAAUUCUAAUGCAGGUAUUUUUUACUGUGGUGGGUGCAAGUGGGAGCAUAUGGAACGUUAUUAAUACAGCGCCCAGCAUUUUCAUGUUUGCUCUUGUCCAGAUUGGUGUACAUCUUGUCGUGAUCCUUGGACUGGGAAAGCUUUUUCGCUUUGACCUCAGGUUGUUGCUUUUGGCAUCGAAUGCUAAUGUUGGAGGCCCUACAACGGCUUGUGGGAUGGCAACAGCCAAAGGAUGGAGUUCUUUAGUGGUUCCUGGUAUUCUUGCUGGCAUUUUUGGAAUUGCCAUUGCAACUUUUCUUGGCAUUGGUUUUGGAGUUGCAGUUCUCAAGUACAUGUAAAGCUAAUGCUGAAUACAAUGGCUGGGCUGAUCUGUAACCUAUGUAAUUGCCAAUUCAUAUUUUGUGCAAUAAAAGUAGCAGCAUGUUUGAAUAAA